GACAUGUAUAACCAGAUUUUGUACUCCGAUAUAACUGCACAGCGGUCAAACUCAAUUCCCCGGGAAAACAUACAAUUCACUGAUAUCCUUCAAUUACAAUAUACUCUAUCACUGGAAGUAUGUCUUCAUUGGAACUUAUCGACAGGCUAGGCUCGCUGGGACUUGUGCCAUCCCACAGGAUUAUAGUAGGUGUUGACUAUGGUACCACUUAUACCGGCGCCAGCUAUGUGAGCACCAAAGGCAAGGCUGAUCUAGACAACAUUGUUCUUAUCAGCUCAUGGCCCGGUCCAACGAGGGACACUGAGAAAAUUUUAAAAACACCAUCCCGGAUCGCAUAUAAAGUGGACAAUCCACAGGUUAGCAAACAACGAUGGGGAUAUCAAGUUGAGCCGGGGAUGAUGGCAUACUCUUGGACCAAGCUGCUUCUGGAUGAGAAUACACCACUCACGAAAUACGACGAUGCUACCCUGGAUGAUUCCUCUGGGACGGGUAUCCUAAAAUUACCCAAAGGCAAGACUGCAGUGGACGUGGUCUCUAACUAUUUAUCUGAGGUAUACAAGCAUAUUCUCAAGUCUAUUGCCAAGCAGAUCACGGACGAGGCGCUUAGCAUCACACCACUGGAGUUCUGGUUCACGGUUCCUGCGAUAUGGUCUGACCAAGCGCAAUCUGCAACUCGAACAGCUGCCCAACGAGCAGGAUUUGGAAGUCGGAUGGGUGACCAUAUAUUCCUGAUCAGCGAACCAGAGGCUGCAGCUAUUGCGGCGUUGAAAAAAUACACGACCAAUUCAAUGGGGGGCUCUGUAAAGCCCGGAGAUGGUGUUCUCAUCUGUGAUUGCGGAGGUGGUACUGUGGAUAUUACGACCUACCUAGUGGAAGCAACGCAUCCGGAGCUAAUAUUCGAGGAGCUUUGCACGGGAAUCGGGGGGAAGUGUGGUUCCACUGCGGUGGACCGUAAUCUCUACCAGCUCAUGUCCGACAGAUUUGGUGACGCAUUUGAUAGUCUACCUAUGAGGAGGAAGGGCCCUGGGAGUGAAUUCAUGAAGAAUUUUGAGGUCAUCAAGAGAGACUUUGGUAAUUCAGAUGAGGAGAGGAUCUUCGAGCUUCCCAUAAACAUGACAGUUGAAGACCCAAAUCCGCAGCAUUUUGAUGACGAAGAGCGCAUGGUGAUAAUCCAUAGUGAUGACCUAAGAUCGAUCUUUGAUCCUGUUGUCAACCAGAUUCUCAGCCUGGUCCGUCAACAGAUGAAAGACGCUGUUGCGGAAGCUGGAAGAGGUGUCAUCAAUAGGGUUAUUCUAGCCGGCGGUUUUGGCGAUUCGGAGUAUCUCCGGGAGGCCUUUAGAAAGGAGUUUUGGUCGACUGAUAGAGUAACAGUCACCGUGCCCGACAAUCCGCAAGCCGCUAUUGUUCAGGGUGCUGCCCUCCGUGGUCUCCAGGGCUUACGGUCGACGGCGAAGAAAUGUCGCCGGCAUUAUGGAACUGUAAUCGGGAUUCCAUUCCGCGAGGGCAUUGACAGUGAGCAUGAUUCUUAUAUUGACUCAUUUAGCGGCAAAAAAAUGGUUUCAGGUAUCAUGGAAUGGAUAAUUGCGAAGGGCGAAAAAUACUCAGAUAACCACAGCUGUAUGGUUCCGUUUUAUAGGAACCAUCGGGAUUUCUAUGGGUUGAAAUUCUAUGAAAAGCUCUAUUCAUGUGAUUCGAAUCAUGAUCCAGAACGAGUUGAUGAACCAGGUUCGUAUCCCUGGUCCCAUAUCACGAGCUCUCCAUCUAACACUCAUCUUGAAGGGGUCCGCUGUGUUGGAAGUAUUUGUACAGACUUGACAGGUGUCGAUCUUGGUUUAUUUGAUUACAAGUAUGACUCAAUCGGGAAAGUCUACAGAAUUGAAUUCGAGCUGAAAGUGGUCUUUGGCGCUCGAGAAGGGCUGCUUAAAUUUGAAACCAUCUGCCAAGGGAAAGUUAGUGGCAGCACAACAAUCGAUUUCAGCACGGCAAAAUUCUACUGAGUGUAGGUGUGACAUGGACUUAAAGAGAGGGAAUAUUAAAGCAUAAUGUG